CGAAUAAUAAUUAAUUUAGCAAUAUAUUAAAAGACAAAAUAUUUUGCGCAUAAAUUACACUAUUUUUCAUGAUUUUCAAUCAGUAUGAACAGGAUUCCUCACCUUCGGUCUUUAACGAAAGGAGAAACAGGGAAAUGAAGUAGAAGAUAAUUCAUAAAAUUCUUGAAAGCUCAUCUACAAAAUAGUAUCAGUAAUUAGCAAAUCCAAGGAACAGAAUAUCUUCAUUAGAUGCAGAAAAUGUUAAAAUUAAUUAAUAUCACUAAUAUAGUGAGAAGAAACCUGCUCAGCCUACUGAUUCAUAGAGUAUUAUAAAGUCUCUUUAAGAAGAGCUAAAAAAUUUAAAUUCGCAAAUUUCAUAAAGCUAAAAGCAAACUAAUGAAAUGUUUCAGUUAGAAAUGAAAAACAAUUAAGAUAACGUAAUUUAUGGAAGUGCUAAUAAAGAAAAUAUUUUAUAAGAUAUUAAAUUAUAAUCUAAUUCCAAAGAGAUGUUAGAAUACAAACAAGUCAGCAUAGAUAAGUAUAAAUAGCUGUUAAACUAGUUGAAAGACCUUCUGCAAAUGGAAAGAGUAGAUAUCAUAAAGGAAAUACAAAAUAAUAUGGAUUAAGACUAUGAAAAAGGAAUAAAAAUAAUCAAGGACUAGCUAGAAAACAUUUAAUCUAAAAAAAGCAUAGCUUAACAAACAUACAAUCUAUAAAAGAGUGAAAUUGAUAAUCUUAGUGAAAGAAAAUCUAUGUUAAAAGAAGAUCUAAAUGGUAAAUUAAUGCAAAGAGCUGAAUUAGUUGCAUAAAGAGAGUAUUUAGAUGAAAUUUUAGAAGAGUUCAGAUAGAAAUAUAAACAGGAAAUAGAAUUUAUUGAGGAAGAAAGUAAAUUAUAGUAUGUUAUAAAUAACUAAAACUAAGUAUUAUAGCAGCUAACUAAUCUGAAAAAGUAAAAAUAAUAGAUAUCUUAGUCAUAACUUUCUUAGAUAUACUAAAAAAACGAUUAACUAUUUGAUUUGUAUCAAGUUUUGUGCAAUUCAUAUUUGGCUAAAUUUGAAUAAAUUACUCAGUAUAAUAACUCAGCCAAAAACUUAGAGACUUCGAUUAGCAAUUUGCUUAAUAAAUUUAACAUGCCAACUUUUAACGAAAGUGCAGAAAAAAAAGCGAAUCGAUAAGCUCUUAAUCAAAUGAUUGAUGAUUCUCAUCGAAAUUGGGUAGGAUUUCAACAUCUUAAUUUCACUGAUAAAAAAAAAUUUAAAGACGAAUACUUUAAGCUUAAAAAUUAACACAAGUAAAGGCUUAAAAUAUUUUAUGAAUGGUGUGAAAAUAUUUACAAGUUAGAUACUUCCUUAAAGUUAUAAAUUUCUUUAGUUAAAAAAAUAUAAACUUCUCCUCCAUAAAAGCUUUCUAAUGAGUCUUUUCCUUCUAUUUUGAAGUCAUUCUGCCAAGACAAAUGUGUACCAGAAACAGAGAGAGAAGAGAUCAUUACACAGAUUAACUAGUACCAAAAAAUCAUACUAGAACAAAAUUAUUUAUUGGAAUAAGAUAGAGACAGAGAUUAAGAAUAAAUGGACACAAUAAAUGAAAUCGAAUAGGAAAUACUACUUAUUUAGGAUAAAAAAAAAUAAACAGAAAAAGAACUAUUUAUUAUUGAGGAAGAAUAUUAAUAAGCUUUGAUUAGCCUAAAAUAAAAUCAGUAAAUUUUAUAAUAAAAAAAGGCAAUAUUAGAACAUACCUUAUAUCUGCAAGCAGAUUAAGCGUUUGGAGAAUACCUUACAAACGAAAAGCAAAUUUUUUAAACUUUAGAAAAGACCUACGGCAUUAAAGCUGCAUCAUAGAUUAAGAAAGAACAUCACAAGCAAUUUGUUGAAAAAAUAAAGGAGACUCAAAAUAAAAGGAUAAAUUAGCUCAAAAAAAUAUUUUCAGACUUAACUUAGCUAAAUAAAAGCAUAGAAAUAAAUCUUUCUUAUGUUGAAAAUACUUUAUUUAUUGAAUUAAAUAGUAUUGAGUCAUAACUAAUCACUUUUAGAAAAUCAUUACAGAUUAAACAAAAAGAACUUUAGAAUAUCUAAAGUUAAGAACACGAAUUUAAGUUAAAAUUAGGUAUCAUAAAUGAAGCUAAAAACAUAUUUAUUGACAACAUUUCAAAAGUUGAAUCUUUUAAUGGAUCACAAAUCAUUCUAACUUAAAAUAACGAACAAAAUAAUAAUUUAAAAUCUAUAUUUUAGGAUGUUUCUAACAGAGUAAAUUAUCAAGCAGAUAAUUCAAGCAGAAUUCUUCAACCUUAAAUAUAAAAUUAUAUGCCAACUGAGAGGACAUAUUAUCUCGGUAAUAAAAUAAGCGAACGUUAAAGUAUAGAAAAAGGAAGAUAAUACAACACAAUAGAUUAAAUAGGUCACAAAGAAAGUAUUGACACCGAGUCAUACAGAAUUACAGAUAUCAGAAAUUUGAGUCAGAAUCACUCUUUUAUUGAGGGUAAUAAGAUUAAGUCAAGAAGUAUGUUCAGCACAAUAGAUUGCACUUCAAUUGAUGAAUAGAACUAUGAAGGAUAUAUGAGCAACAAUUAAAGAAAUUAACUCCAAAAAUAGAAUUACUAAAAUUACAAAACUUGCAGAAAUUCAGGGAAUGAAGUAAUUCAAACUAAGUCCUUGGAUCACUCGAGAAGAAAUAGUAUGAUGCCAAUUAGUUAUAAUAGUAAGAGAUAGUCUCUAAAUGCAAUCUUACAAAAUUAAAAUUCUUAUCAUCAACAAAAUAAAUCUAUUAAUAAUCAAUAGAAUUAUAAUAUUCUCUAAUAUAGCAUCAAUGGAUAAAGCCAAUACUAAAAUUCAAAUUCUAACUAUUCUUAGAAUACCACUAAGUAGAAUAAAAUAAGUAAUCCAGUACACCAAUAAAAUAAUAUUUUGCAGGCAAGAUCAAAUAAUUUGUAAAACAUUUUGAUAACUAAAGAAGUAGAAGAAAAUAACUCCCACAAUCUAAAAGAGCAGCUAAAUCGCUUUUAACAUAAAAUUGUUAAAUUUAAUUUGAGCAACACAUAACUGAAACACAUUUCAAUAUUAGAAAUAAUAAAACCUCUUUUAGAAGGCAGAGAAAUAUAUAAACGUAUUGGAGGAAAUCAGCACGGUAGUGGAUAAAGUUCGAUUAACUAAUAUAAAAAUUAAUACAACCCUUUCUCUAUGGAAAAUUUAACUCCUGAAUAAUGUGGAUAUGUUUUAAGAGUUGCUCAUCUUAACAGACAUUUAACUAAGAUAGAAUUUAAGAACUAUCAAUUUGGAUAAAAAGGUUAAAAGUAAGCUGUUCAUUCCCUUGAUACAUGUAUCAGUGUUGAUCAUAUGUUAAGAAUAGUAGUACCACCAACAACUAUUGAUUUAAUUAAAUUCCAAAAACAUUUUGAUGUUAUAAAAAACAACAACAACAGUAAUAAUUAAGUGAACAAAACCUCAGUAGACACUAAUUCAAGCUAAUUAUAUGCAUCUACUACUAUGAACACCUACAAUACUUUAAAAUAAAAUGACUAAUCGUUUGUUAAUAACACAAAUAUAUCCUUUAGUAAUAACGUCUAAUCUAAUAAUUAUUUCACAACUAACUCUAAUUUCGUAAGCAACAAUGGAAAUAAUCCAAACACAACUAUGACAAAUUACUCCAAUCUUUCAAUGAUACAUGACUAAAAUUUGAAGAUGGAAAAAAUAUUUAACGGAAAUUUAUAUCCGUUUUAGAUAAUAAUGGAUAAAGGUAACAGAUUAGACCUCAUAGCUGAAGGAUACGACACAUACAAAGUAUGGAUUAACUGUAUCAAUACUCUAAUUAAGCAUAGAAAGGCAUUAAAUCAAGUAAAGACAAAAAUAGAAUUUAUAGUUCUAUGAACUAAAUCAUAUAAAAUACACACAAAAUUUUCCAAAAUGAAUAUUGAUUUAUAUAUAUAUUUGAUAAACAAGCAAAUAAAAAUAAUCAAACUAAACAAAUAAAUAAAUAAGUAAUAAUAAGCUAACUAUUUUAUAUUAAAAAAGUAUAAUUAUAUAAUUCUUUGUCUAUACAAUUUUA